AGGGAACCUUUAUGCAAAAGUGUCACCGACAAAACUCUAACCGCCACCCAUCUGUCCUACGGUGGAAGCUUUCCGGGCAGGCCCACCGGUCGCUGGUCUAAUGGAUUUCUUAUCCUAGACUUUGUCGGGAACCUUAUUCUCCAAAGCGCCUCCGGUGAAACACUGCCCGCCGCCAAUCUACCCUAUGGCGAAAGCUUUCUGGACAGCCCCACUGGUCGCUGGUCCAAUGGCCUUCUCAUCGUAGACUUUGUCGCCAUAGCUCUUUCUCUCCCACUGCUUAAUCCUUAUCUCGAAAGCAGUGCCACAUUCGAUCAUGGUGCCAACUUUGCAGUAGCCGGAAGUACAGCAUUGGACUACACUUUCCUCGCCACAAAGGGCGUUUAUAAUCCAACCACUAAUCUUUCUUUGGGUGAUCAGCUUAAUUGGUUUAAAUCCCACCUCAACACCAUCUGCCAAACACAAACAGAAUGUCAGAAGCACCUUAGCAAGGCUCUUGUCUUCGUGGGCGAGAUCGGAGGCAAUGAUGUUUACUAUCCUCUCAUACAAGGCAAAUCCAUUCAAGAGAUUUACACUUACCUGCCAUAUAUCAUAGAGGCCAUUACUAAUGUUGUUCAAGAAGUGAUAAUCCUUGGUGCUGUGAAUGUCGUAGUUCCUGGAAAUUUUCCAAUGGGAUGCUUACCAGCCGGCCUGACAUUAGUCUCUGGUGGUGAUGCGACAGCUUAUGACGAUAUGGGAUGCUUAAACGAAUUAAAUGAGCUAGCAUUGGCUCAUAACAAUUAUCUUCGGGAGUCUUUGGCCUGGCUCAGGCUUGAAUUUCCACAUGUUGCUAUAAUUUACGCCGACUACUAUGCAGCUUACCAAGCAAUUCUACGUCAUGCAGCUAGUUUUGGGUUCGACGAAACAUCAUUGUUAAGAUCAUGUUGUGGAAUUGGAGGGCCAUAUAACUACGAUGAUAACAGAAAAUGUGGGUCUCGUGAUGUGCCUGUUUGCAGUAACCCGGAAGUGAUAAUCCUUGGUGCUGUGAAUGUCGUAGUUCCUGGAAAUUUUCCAAUGGGAUGCUUACCAGCCGGCCUGACAUUAGUCUCUGGUGGUGAUGCGACAGCUUAUGACGAUAUGGGAUGCUUAAACGAAUUAAAUGAGCUAGCAUUGGCUCAUAACAAUUAUCUUCGGGAGUCUUUGGCCUGGCUCAGGCUUGAAUUUCCACAUGUUGCUAUAAUUUACGCCGACUACUAUGCAGCUUACCAAGCAAUUCUACGUCAUGCAGCUAGUUUUGGGUUCGACGAAACAUCAUUGUUAAGAUCAUGUUGUGGAAUUGGAGGGCCAUAUAACUACGAUGAUAACAGAAAAUGUGGGUCUCGUGAUGUGCCUGUUUGCAGUAACCCGGUUCAAUACAUAAGUUGGGAUGGAGCCCAUUUGACACAGGAGGCCUACCGCCAUAUUACAACAAUUCUCUUUCAGGAUAUCCUAGGCCUCCCUGGAAUACGAUACAUAAAGUAG